AUGCUGCUGAAGCACGCCUUGGGAGGCAACUCUCUCACCACUAUGAUCGCGUGCAUAAGUCCCUCGGACCGGUACGUUGAUGAAACUCUGUCGACUCUUCUGUACGCUGGUCGAGCACGCAACAUCACGAACAUUCCACGCGUGAAUGAAGAUUCGAAGUCUGCCCUCAUCCGUCAACUCCGUGCGGAGGUGGCCAGCAUGAAGAAGGAAUUAGCGUACUAUAGAGGUCUGGCUUCGGAAAGUCUUGUAAAAGCUGACGUUGUGCAUUCUUCUGUGUACACUAUGCAAGAUGGUAUUGAUGAUGGUAGGGUGAAUGAAUUGGCAGAGAAACUUCUUCAAGCGUGUGAGGCGCUGAAAAAUAUCAUUGCCGUAAAUGGCCAGCUGCGAGAUGCUUUUGAUACAGUAAGAGACGCCAAGAUGCAACUUGAGCGGCGUGAAGUAGAACUUAAUGCAGAAAAUUUGGCAUUGCGCGAGCGAAUUGAAGUUCUCGAAUCUAUUGUGCUUAAGGAUGAUUUUGUAGAUCAAUCCUCUCGGGAUUGCGAGGUUGUGGGGGCUGAAACGAUGGAGCACCCAUGCCAAGACUUACUGUUUGUGUCGCCUUUGGUUGGCGUGGGCGCUGGUUCACCACGGAAGGAGGUUUUGCCCAGUCGUGCGUCCUCUGCUGAGUGGCCUCUGCAGCCGCGGAGCUCCCGCGGGCGAGGCGAGCAGCGAGCCUCCACACCCAGAGGGAACGGCCAUAGAAACGAAUUGUCAUUAGCUCCUUCGCGUGCACGCACUGUGACACGUUCUCAGUCGAGGGGAACUUCGGCACGUGAAGACAAGGCAAACGCCAACAGCGGGGCGGACUCAGUUUCAUGCAAGACAGUACUGAAGGAACGGCAAAGGCAGCGACAGUCCAAACUCAAGAAAAAACUGGAGGAGUACACAAAUCGUUAUUGUCAGCCAAAUCAUUAUAUGAAUUACGCAGAGUAUUAUGGUAAGGCGCGUCAGCAGAUCCCUGUCAAUCAAGCUGCAGCAGUAGCCAUCAAGGAGAUGGAGGUGACAUUGAAGCAGCUGCCGCGCAGCAUCGCGGAUACUGUGCCACAGUCUCUGAAACUUGCGUCGGAGUUUGGCACCUUGUCGUUUGGUGGUUCGCGUGAGGAGGUGGCGGAGUUGGAACAGCGGCGUCAGCAACGGGAAGCAAAAAGGAAUGCACUUCUUGCUCAGCAACAAGUCCUACGGGACAAUGUUACCCGGACAUUAUUAAAUGCAACGGAGCAACUAGAAUCGCUGCGGUGCGUGGGGGGCACUACCGUUGCGUUUACUCCCUACUCAGCUGAUGUUGCAGAACGCGCGAAAAUUUCCCGUAUAGGAGGAGCAUCUUUUGUGCCGGCAAUAUCAGCAAGCUGCGGCACAAGUCGGCUACGGGCUUAUUUGGACCGUAACUCGGUGAAGACGCCCAAUGUGUGA